AUGAUAGGGAAAACUUUAAAGUUGUUCUUAGAAGGAAAGGGUAAAGGCAUUAAGUGCUUUGCAUCACAUGUACCACCUUCUGUAUGCAGUGAACGUUGCCCACUAGGAUACAGGAAAGUCAUCAAAGAGGGACAGCCAGCCUGUUGCUAUGACUGCCUUCAGUGUUCUAAUGGAGCAAUUGCAAAUGAAACAGACUCAAAUAACUGCCUGACCUGCCUAGAAAGCCAUUGGUCCAAUGAUGAACAUGACAAGUGCAUUCCAAAGCUAAUAGAGUUCUUGAGUUAUGAAGAUCCACUGGGUUCCUCACUGACAGCCAUCACAUUAGCCUUUCUCAUUAAGACUAUAUUUGUUCUUCUGAUAUUCAUUAAACAUCGCAAUACACCAGUAGUUAAGGCUAACAACCGUGGACUGAGCUAUCUGCUGCUGUUUGCCCUUAUGCUAUGCUUUCUCUGCUCUUUGAUAUUUAUUGGCCAGCCAACUCGAAUCACAUGCAUUCUUCGACAAACUGUCUUUGGCAUUAUUUUUUCUAUUAGUGUCUCUUCUGUGCUUGCAAAGACCAUAACAGUAGUAAUUGCUUUUAAUGCAACACAUCCAAAUAGCAAGUUAAAACAGUGGGUUGGAUCUGAAAUACCAUCCUGCACAGUGACCUGUUGUUCAUUGAUUCAGAUUGUGAUAUGUACUUGUUGGUUAGAGACUGCUCUUCCUUUUACAGAACUAAAAACAACAUCAGUGAGUAAAAAAAUCAUCAUUCAAUGCAAUGAAGGGCAAACAGCAUUCUUUUACUGUCUGCUGGGGUACUUGGGAUUCUUGGCCAUGGUCUGCUUUGUAGUGGCUUUCCUUGCAAGGAAGCUGCCUGACAGCUUUAACGAGGCAAAGUACAUCACAUUCAGCAUGCUGGUGUUUCUAAGUGUCUGGUUUUCAUUCAUUCCUGCUUAUCUCAGCACACAGGGAAAAUAUAUGGUUGCUGUUGAGAUAUUUGCUAUUUUAUCUUCUACUGCUGGGUUGUUGUGUUGUAUAUUUCUGGGUAAAUGUUACAUUAUUUUGUUAAGGCCUGAACAAAAUACAAAAAAACAUUUAAUGGGUAAACCAUUAAAAGAUUCUGCUGCAAGCAUUUAUAUAAAAGAAGCUGCCAUUGUUUCUCCUGCAGCCAUUACAUUUGAAUAA